ACUGCCUCACUUCCUGCAUGAGCCCCCAUCACGAACAGGGCCGUGAUGGGAUCAGACCCAAACAAACACGGGUACUGAUGGAGGAUCAGACCACAUGGAAGUCUGGAAAACCAGCGCCAUUACUGGAUACUAUCAACCAGCAGCUGCGCACCUGCUCAGAGGUGAGACGUGUUAGAGAAACUAGAAGAGUCGGUGGGCUGGACUGAGAAGAGAGACGAGUGUCCGCCUUCAGCGAGGAAUCAGUGCGGAAAUGAAGCUGUUCCUCAUCAGCCUGCAUCUUUGUGUGCUCUCAACUUGGAGUGUUUCAUUGAACACAGACAAUGUGAGACAAACUGCAGACAUUGAUGUGUUUGAAGGAGAAUUUGUGAACAUCCUCUGCUGCUGGACUGGCAGCAGAGGGAGAGUGAUGUGGUUCAAAAAUCAGAAAACAUAUAAAAAUGAUUUACUUUUGACAGAUAUGAACCUAAAAACUCAUAACAAUCAGAUGGAAAAAUGCUCAAUCCUGAACUUUGUCAGCAUCACAAAACAGGAUUCAGGCAGAUACGUCUGUGAAAUUAGUAUUGAGGUACCGGUAUUAAAUACAAUCAGAGGAAACGGAACAACCAUCGCCGUUAAAACCAGAGAGGAGCAAGCUUACACAACAACAGAAGCUCCAGCUCCACCCGACAGAUCCUCGGUCAUCACAGUGAUCAUCCUUCCUGUGGUGUUGCCUCUACUCCUCUCUAUCACCGUUUUCCUCUUUCUGCACGAACCAAGAAACCACGCUCUCACAUCCACAGUCGUCUUCACCGUGCACUGCAGUGACGGCGAGGAAGAGCAGACGGCGACGUGCAGCCCCUGGAGAGGCUGUUCUCAGUGGGAGUCCGAGUGCAGUUCACUGAUCUGCUAAAAGAGACGAAACCCAAGGAAGUGGAGAAAGAUCUGCAGCAGUUUCAACUCAAUGAGGGCCAAUCUUGAACCUCUUCUUACUACAAAGUUAGCUGCGGUUGAUUUCAACGUGAGAACUUUAGCAGGGACUCAUGAGAAGUGAAGAGGGUGAGGGUUCUGCAGUCUGUGGCAGGAAGAGAAAAGAAAACCAAUGCAAGCAAGCAAGUUUAUUUGUAAAGCCCAAUUACUACCCAAGGCAAUUCAAAGUGCUGUACAAAAAUAUUUAAAAAUUACGAAAAGGAUAUAAAAAUCUAUUGAUAAAAUCAUAAAAGUCAACGAGAUUAAAAUUCAGACAUUUAAAAUA